AUAUGUUUAAGAAAAUUAUUUAAGGCUUUUCAAAAUAUUCCCAUCGAUCAACAAUUCCUAGUUUGCUUAAAGAUCCUAGAUAUACAAGACUUGGAAUAUCAAAACCAAAAGGAGAAACUAAAAUGCUUAGGAAACCUUCAAUACCAGAUGGUAUUCCUAAUGCUCAUUUAUAUUAUGAUCAUACAAAGUAUUAAGAAACAUAAUAAAACAAUCCCCCAAAUAAAUUAGUAAUUAUUAAUAUAAAAAUGAGAAAUAUGAAUCUACAGAUUUAGAUUUUAUUUUGAGUAUACUAAAUAAUGAUUCCUUUAUUUACACAUAAGAUUUCAAACUUUGGAAAGCCAUUAAAUAAUUGAAUAUACAUCAUCCAAAUGAAGUUAAAAAGAAUUGGGAAAGUUUUGAUAGAGCUUAUAGAGUAAUUUUGGAUAAUGCAAGAUAUUUGGAUAUUUACAAUUUCAGAUCAUUUACUUAAGUUUCACAAUAAUAUUAUUUGGAUGAUGAAAAAGUUUGGACAGUAUUAUAUAGACAUUCAAUUCAAUUUUUUGUUGGUUGGGAACACUAAUAAACUCCUUUAUUGAGUAAAUUAAUUGAAAAGUAAAAUAAUAAAAAUAAAUAUAUAUUAGAACACAUUAAUAAUCUUUUUUAUUUAGCUUUCAUAUCAUUAUGUAGCAAGUAAGAAGAUUAAAAAUUGAUGUAUCAAACAUCAUAAUUCAUUUUGAUUAUUUAAUGAGAAAUCACUUAAGAUUCUUCAAAAUUGUAUUUAUUAAUUUUCUAUUAUAGCAUAGUGAAGAAACAUAUAAUAAAGUAGAGAAUGUUGAAGAUAAGAAUUAAUUAGGAAAUUUUAUUGCACAUUUUGCCUUUUGUAUAUAAUAGAGAAAAGAUAUAUUUAAUGAUGUGGAUAAAGAAGUUAAGGAGAAAUAAGUUGAGGAAUUCUUGCAUCAAGGUUAAAAAAUUUGUUUAGAAUCAUAUGAUACACUCACAGUAGGAACCAAAAAAAAUCUACAAAGUUCCAUAACUUAUCCUAGAUUUAAAUAUAAGCCAUUGUUUGAGAAAUUAAAAUGAGA